UUAAGACAAGACGAACUGAAACCGCCCUCGCUUAGCCGGAGGAGAACGUAGGCAGAAAUCUCACCGUCGCCGGAGGAAAAUAUCAUAGGAAUUCCGUCAUACGCCGGAGUCGCCGGAUUUCCCCUUAAUCACCUUGUUUUUCUUUGCAGCGAAGGUCAUCAUUUUGUGGAAAUAAUCAAACUAGUAUUUAGAAAUUAUGUGUGUUUUAUCAUCCCUCACAAAGUUAAUUACCCUAUAAAUAUAAACUAUAAUGAUUUGUGGGUUUACCUUCUUUGAUGACAAUUUUGCCGCAGUGAAUGAAUCCUUGUUCAGUUUCAGUUUAGGGCGGCUGCUACAUUAUCAGCAGGACGAGAUAUGGCAGAGAGUUCAUCAACUGUUACCCUCUUGGUUCGACACCUUCCGGAAGCUAUUCCUUUCGACACACUUUCUCGCCUCUUUUCCCAUUACGGGUCUUCUUCUAUUCGUCCUUGCAGCCGUGGAAGAGUGAAGAAUUGUGCUUUUGUUGAUUUUAGUAACGAGUCCUUGGCAUCUCAAGCUCAUCGACAGCUAAAUGGAUUGCGAUUUCUUGGUAAGGUCUUAUCAGUUGAAAAAGCUAGUAAAUCAGGCGAGAAUAUUGAGGAUCAACAGAAGAAAGUUCCACCAGUGAAUCACUCAUCACCAAUGAUGGACACUCCUCCAGCUAGAGGUCAUGGUCAAAUACCUAUAUUAGGGUCCUUUCCAGCUAGUGAACCUAUUGCUAAUAGCCUUGGAGUUGACUAUCCUUUUCCUCCACACCUUGAGUAUGCUUACCCACCUCCAGAUGGAAAUAUACUCACUAACAUUGUGAAUGCUCUGAUUGCUGUUCCUCGAUUCUAUACACAGGUGCUACAUUUGAUGAAUAAAAUGAAUAUUCCUGCACCAUUUCGUAUGGCACUACCCACACCUCCCUUACCACCUACAGAACCAGCACCCCUACCACCACCUCCACCAUUGCUUCCAUCAGAACUUGCUUCUAAGCCUCACAUGGCUGACUUAUCCAGUGAUGAGUCUGAGAUGGAAUAUUCAGAUGAGGAGAUUGAUGACAAGUCAAGUUCUUUAAAAACGAAAGAAGGGAUAAUUUCUAGGCCAAAGCGUAAGAGAGAAACUAUUGUAGGACCUGCUGUUGAUAAAGGUGUGGCUCAUGAAUCAGUGGGGCUGAAACCCUCUCUCUUGGUGCCAAAAGAGAUGCCAAUGAUAAAAAAGAAGAACCUUAUGUUACAGAUAAAGAUUGGGUCGUCCAAACAAACACAAUAUCAGCAGAUGCAUGUGGAUGGUAAUAAAGAACCAUCUGAGCAUGAAAAUAUAAAUGUGGAUAUCCAACCUUAUGCUACUCCGGAAGAACUUGCAAAAGGAAGGUUGCCUCCAGAGGAAAUAUUAUCUCUUCCAAUGUUUAAGAAUUAUGCGGCAGGAGAUCCCGCUCCUGUGUUGUAUGUGAAGAAUCUGGCAAAAGACGUGGUUGCUGACGAUUUCUUCUACUUAUUCGGAUCACUAUUUGGCAGCACUGAUUCAGCUAAAUCUGAGCUAACAAUUAAACUAAUGCAGGAGGGAAGAAUGAGGGGGCAAGCUUUCGUGACAUUUCCUUCUAUUGAACUUGCUCAUCGAGCUUUAAAUCUAGUGAAUGGGUACAUGUUCAAAAGCAAGCCUAUAAUCAUUCAGUUUGGAAGGAGCUCUACAAACACAACAAAAUCAAACUAACAAAGCCCCCAAGACAAUUCAUUGUGUGGUUUAUCAAUUUUAGGCUGCAACUACAACAAAUGUUUCAUGCUUGUGAAAACUACAGUUCCUUUACUCCAUAUUUUGUAACUCUCAUUAAUCAAAUUAUUACAUUUUUUCUU